CCUACCAGUUGCCCAUCAAUACGUGCUUUUUGACCAAUGCUCUCUCUCUCCCUCUCUCUCUCGCACUCCCCUAAUUUUCUUUGCUUUGGUCGGUUUCCUAGAAAGUGCCCAUUCAAUAAUUUGCAUUGCUUUUUGACCUCAGAGUUCACGAUGAUCUAUAGUCUCUACCCGAUCAUUCUGAUGAUAAAUCAAAGAGGUAGACUUUGAUUGAUCUCCAGUUUUCUCCAACAGAUCCGUUCUUCUCUGCUACCUCUGUUCAAUGACUACUACUACAAGAGCCAAAGAGCCCGCCUCCUCCUCCUCCUCCUCCCCUUCCGCUUCUCGAUGGAGCGGCUGCUAUGACGUGUUCUUAAGCUUCAGAGGCGAGGACACUCGCUGCACCUUCGUCGACCACCUCUACACGGCUCUUACAGACGCCGGAUUUCGCACCUUCAGGGACGACGAUGAAAUCCAAAGAGGAGAAAGCAUCAAGGUUGAGCUGUGGAGGGCAACCGAAGAGUCGAGGGCUUCAAUUGUUGUCUUGUCCAGAGACUACGCGUCUUCGAGCUGGUGUCUCGAUGAGCUUGCGAUGAUCCUCGGAAGACGACGGAGGGGGGACUCUGGCCAUGAGGUUCUGCCGGUGUUCUACCACGUGGAUCCGUCGGAUGUCAGGAAACAAAAGGGAGAUUAUGCGGAGGCACUUGCGAGGCAUGAAGAGCGAUUCAAGUUCGAGGUGGGAGAGGGUGAAGCAGCAGCAGAGUGGAAGGAGAAAUUGAAGGGGUGGAGGGAAGCGCUGGAGGAAGUUGCUGGUUUAGCAGGAAUGCCUUUACCCGAUGGAGGCGAUAGGCGCGAGUCAAAGUUUAUCCAGAAAAUUGUCAAGGUGGUUGAAGACAAGAUAAGGCGUCCAAGAGUCUUGAAUGUUGCACUUUACCCCAUUGGACUAGAUUUCCGAGCCAAAAACAUUAAUUUGUGGUUACAAGAUGGAGGGGUUGAUGUUGGAAUUAUUGCCAUUUGUGGGAUGGGUGGAAUUGGCAAGACAACCAUUGCCAAAUUUGUGUACAACUCAAACUUCUCAAAUUUUGAAGGUAGCAGCUUCAUAGCAAAUAUAAAAGAAAUUUUUGGACAACAAAACGGUUUAAUUCGUUUACAAAGCCAACUUCUUUCAGAUAUUCUGAGAAGGAAAGAUGAAGAAAUACGCAAUGUUGAUGAAGGAAUUCUUAAGAUUAAAGAAGUUAUUGGUUUUAAAAGAGUUUUUAUAGUUCUUGAUGAUGUAGAUAAACGGGAACAAUUAGACACAAUCCUUGGAAUGAAGGAUUGGCUUUCUCCAGGUAGUAAAUUGAUCAUAACUACUAGACAUGAGCGAUUACUAAAAGCUCAUGAGUGUUGGAAACUACACAAGGUAGAGGAGUUGGAUCACUACGAAUCCCUACAGCUUUUCAGUUGGUAUGCCUUUGGACAAACCCAUCCUAUUGAUGGUUAUUUGAUAGACUCAAAAAGGGCAGUAGAUUAUUGCAGCGGGCUUCCAUUAGCUGUUAAAAUUUUGGGUUCUUCCCUAUCUGGCAAAAGUUUAGAUGUGUGGAAAAGUCAACUACAAAAGUUGAAGGCAAUUCCUGACAAUGAAAUUCUUGAAAAACUCAAACUAAGUUAUGAUUCUUUACAAGAUGACCACGACAAAAAUUUAUUCCUUGAUAUUGCUUGCUUCUUUGUUGGAGGGGACAAAGACACCACAAUUACAAUCCAAGAGGGAUGUGAUUAUUACGCAUUGGUUGGGAUUCAAAAUCUUAUUGACAGAAAUAUGUUAACCAUUGAUGAAGCUAACAAGCUGGUGAUGCAUCAAUUGAUUCAGGAAAUGGGAAGGGAAAUUGUCCGGCAAGAAUCACCCAAAGAGUUAAGAGAACGCAACAGGCUCUGGAAUCACAAGGAUUCCUUUAGUGUCUUAAAUUGAAAAAAUGGCACAAGAAAAAUCAGAGGCCUCAUUCUUGACAUACAUUUCUUGAAGGAAGAUGAGUCUGAGUGGAACAGGUUUGGGCCCAACAGCUGCUCUAAAAAGCGGAAGAGGUUUCCCUUUAGUAUCUUCUCUGAUUUCCCUAUGGGCAUU